UUGGUGGCGCCCUGAUUGGCUGCGCGGCAUCGGGCCACUCGGCAGUGCAGUCAGCAGAGGCGCGCGUCUGCGCAGUGCGCGGGGCGGGGAUGUGCCGUCAGAUCUAGGUGGCGGAUCGCGGGGAUUCCGCGGAGCGCGGAGCUGUCAUGACGGAGGGCACGUGUCUGCGGCGCCGAGGGGGACCCUACAAAACCGAGCCCGCCACCGACCUCAGCCGCUGGCGGCUCCGCAAUGAGCUGGGGCGGCAGACGUGGACGUACUGCGGCCAGGACGACGGCGCUGGCCGCCAGCAGACCGGCCUGGAGGCCCACUCCCUGGGGCUGGACACUAGCAGUUAUUUUAAGGACUUGCCCAAAGCUCACACAGCUCGUGAAGGGGCUCUGAAUGGAGUAACAUUUUAUGUGGGACUGCAGGCUGAGGAUGGGCACUGGGCAGGUGAUUACGGUGGCCCUCUCUUCAUCCUUCCAGGCCUCCUGAUCACGUGCCACAUAGCACACAUCCCUCUGCCAGCUGGAUACAGAGAGGAGAUGAUACGGUACCUGCGAUCAGUACAGCUCCCCGAUGGUGGCUGGGGCCUGCACAUUGAAGACAAGUCCACAGUGUUUGGGACUGCACUCAACUAUGUGGCUCUCAGAAUCCUGGGCAUUGGGCCUGAUGAUCCUGACCUGGUGCGAGCCCGGAACGUUCUUCACCAGAAAGGUGGUGCUGUGGCUAUCCCUUCCUGGGGGAAGUUCUGGCUGGCGGUCCUGAACGUCUACAGCUGGGAAGGCCUCAACACCCUGUUCCCUGAGAUGUGGCUGUUUCCUGACUGGAUACCCGCGCACCCCUCCACACUCUGGUGCCACUGUCGGCAGGUCUACCUCCCCAUGAGCUACUGCUAUGCCAUCCGGCUAAGCGCUUCAGAGGACCCACUGGUCCAGAGCCUCCGCCAGGAGCUCUAUGUGGAGGACUAUGCCAGCAUCAACUGGCCAGCACAGAGGAACAACGUGGCCCAUGAAGAGCAGUACACACCACACAGCUGGCUGCUGCGCGUCACAUAUGCCCUCCUCAACCUGUAUGAGCGCUACCACAGCCCCAGCCUGCGGCGGCGGGCAGUCCAACUGCUCUACGAGCACAUUGCUGCAGACGACCGCUUCACCAAGUGCAUCAGCAUUGGCCCGAUCUCAAAGACCAUCAACAUGCUUGUGCGCUGGUCUGUGGAAGGGCCGGCCUCCUCUGCUUUCCAGGAGCAUGUCUCUAGGAUCCCAGAUUUUCUCUGGCUGGGUCUGGAUGGCAUGAAAAUGCAGGGUACCAAUGGCUCACAGAUCUGGGAUACCGCAUUUGCCAUCCAAGCUCUGCUUGAGGCAGGCGCUCACCACAGGCCAGAGUUUAUGUCCUGCCUGCAGAAGGCACAUGAGUUCCUGCGGCUGUCACAGGUCCCCGACAACCCUCCUGACUACAAGAAGUACUACCGCCAAAUGAACAAGGGCGGCUUCUGCUUCAGCACUCUGGACUGCGGCUGGAUUGUCGCUGACUGCACAGCCGAGGCCUUGAAGUCUGUGCUGCUCCUGCAGGAGAAGUGUCCCUCUAUCACCCAGCACAUCCCCCGACAGAGGCUCUGCGAUGCUGUGGCUGUGCUGUUGAACAUGAGGAAUCCUGACGGAGGAUUCGCCACCUAUGAGACCAAGCGUGGGGGGCACUUGCUGGAGCUGCUGAACCCAUCUGAGGUCUUUGGGGAUAUCAUGAUCGACUACACGUACGUGGAGUGCACCUCGGCAGUGAUGCAGGCACUGAGGCUUUUCCACAAGCACUAUCCAGACUACAGAGCAGUGGAAAUCAGGGAGACACUGGAGCAGGGCCUGGCGUUCUGUCAGCAGAAGCAGAGGGCUGACGGCUCCUGGGAGGGUUCCUGGGGGGUUUGUUUCACCUAUGGCACCUGGUUUGGCCUGGAAGCUUUCGCCUGCAUGGGGCAUACCUACCGUGAUGGGGCUGCCUGUGAGGAGGUCUCCCGGGCCUGUGACUUCCUGCUGUCCCGGCAGAUGGUGGAUGGAGGCUGGGGCGAGGACUUUGAGUCCUGUGAGCAGCGGCGGUACAUGCAGAGUGCCCAGUCCCAGAUCCACAACACAUGCUGGGCCCUGAUGGGGCUGAUGGCUGUCAGGCACCCUGACAUCACAGCCCAGGAGAGAGGGGUUCAGUGUCUGCUGGAGAAGCAGCUUCCCAAUGGUGACUGGCCCCAGGAGAACAUCUCUGGGGUCUUCAACAAGUCUUGUGCCAUCAGCUACACGAGCUACAGGAAUGUCUUCCCCAUCUGGGUCCUGGGCCGCUUCGCCAACCUGUACCCCGAGAACGCCCUCUCUGGCCGCCCUUGAGUGCACCUGCCCUUGAGAGCAUGCCAACCUGUGCUGGCUGCUGCAGGUGGCGAGCAUCAUCUUCACACCUGUGCCCAGGUGGCAGAUGCCCGUUCCCUGCCUUGUGCUCUAGCCCUCUGCUCCACCUCAGCACAUGUGUUGGGAUCAGUCCUGAGGCAGGGACAGGGACUGGGUUGGUGGCUUUAGACUAUAAUUGCCAGAGUGAUUGUCAAUGUAGGUCUGGUUCUGAGAGGGCUCAGGGAGGAAGGGAGCGAGUCUGACUGUGACGCCGCAGCACCUCAUGCUGUCCCUGCGCACUUCUUGCCUGAGGGAGGAAGGCUGGAGACAGCGUUCUCAGGAGAGCAGCUGCUGGGCCCCGAGCACCCUCACCUGCUACUGAUUGGGGAUGGGACCUGGGCUAGCUGCUCCCACAUUCCUGUGCAUGCUGGGUAAGGGAGGGACACAGCCCCUCAACGAUGGUGUAAGAGACCAGCCAGCGGGGAGUGGGCUGGGCUCUUGUUCACCGUGAUGUACCAGGAUUCAGUGCACACCCUGAGGCUGCGUGGUGGGGAGCCCAGCGUGGCACUGGCCUGCCCCUGGCUCGUGAGCUCGCCUGUCUGCACUGCAUCCGUCCAUGGCUGCUCGCGUCCUGACCUCCAGGCUUUGCAGGCCAGGGAGGGUGGGUGCAGUUGUGGUUCCACAGAGGGGCAUUUCUCUGUGCUAGGGACAGUCGAGCACCCCUAGCUGCCACCCACCCAGAAGAACGUUCAGGGUAUCCCCUGGCCACUGCCAACUUACAUUUCAAGUGCUUGCUAUGAGUGGGGAUGGAGGGCCAUUUUGCCAGAGUAGUGCCUGAGUGAGCUCUGAAUUCCUCCCAUCCCAGCCUGGGCUCUGCCUUCUGCCACGUGGAAGAGCACUCAGGCGCUCAGGGUGUCCAGUGGCAGCUUUCCUCCCCAGCCCUGAUGAGUGGGCCCCACUCCUCGGGCUGCUGCUUUCACCCCUGCCUCUCUGAUCACCUGCCCCUGCCCGGGACCUGCCAGGGCUGCCUCCUCAAGUGCAGGUCCACAACUCUGCCUCCCGCCCUGCCCUGUUGAGCCCUGCACAGCAUGGUUCCAUGCUUUCCUGCCUGUGCUGACCAGCCCCUCUGCGCCAGACCUGCCCUAGCGGCAGCUGGUCUGCCCAGAAACUUCCAGCCAAGACCAGAUCACUGUAGAAGACACAGGUUUUCCAGAAGGAAGCUGCAAACUGACUUUUCUGCUGAAAGUCACCUACAUGACCAGCUUCCUUAAUAAAGAGACACUUAAACCCAUGG